UUACAGUGAAUAUGAAUAUGGUAAACACCUGCAUGGUAAGCAAGUGAUUCAUUAGUUAAGCAAGUGUUCAAUCCUUCUGCGUGGAACCUAAUUAAGUGAUUUAUUAUGUGGAAACAGGCAUCAAAACAAACGCCUAAUUAGUUAGGCAAACAUAUUAUUAGCCGUACGACAAUAGCUCAUAAUUAUUUCGACAGCUAUAUAAAUAGGGAAAUCCUUUGGGUGACAGCAAUUAGUAGAGCGCAAUGUAUCCAAAGUAUUUGAGCAAAGAUUAUCCGCUGGAGAAGCAUUUGUUCUUUGUCACCAGAUAUUCAUUUGGUUUGCUUGGUUUGCACUUCGAGCGCUUGCCCAGCAUUUGGUCCACUUGCUGGCUCAUCUUUAAUUUCGUGAAUUUGCUGCAUUGCUGCCAGGCGGAGUUCAGCUUCGGCUGGAGCUACAUACACACCAGUCCACUGGAUGCCAUGGAUGCCUUUUGUCCGCUCGCCUGCAGUCUGACCACGCUCUACAAAAUGGCCUGCAUGUGGUCGAGUCGUGUGGAGGUGGCAUCGCUCAUUCAGCGCAUAAGACAGCUGACAGAGCAGCAGACGGAAGGCAAGCGAACCGAUCUGAAGAGCGGGUACUACAGGCUGGCCACCUUGCUGUGCAUGCUCAUCUUUACGCUAGGCUCUAUAAAUACGGCGGCAUUUGUGCUGAGAUCCUUCUGGGAGAUGUGGAUGCAUCGUCACCUGCCCUUCAAAUACGAUAUGCCCUUUCGCAUGAUCUUUCCAGCUAUAUUUCAUCGCAUGCCCCUCUAUCCUCUCGCCUAUCUCUAUUCCACCUGGAGUGGGCAGGUAACGGUCUAUGCUUUUGUAGCCACCGAUGGCUUCUUCUUUAGCUUCACACUCUACAUGACGUUCCUUCUAAAAGCAUUACGAAUGGAUCUGCAGCGCAUUCUCCAAGCUGUUAAAAAUCCCACACCUCUCGAAUGCGAAAUUUGUUGCGAACAAUUGAGAAUUAUCAUCGAUCGUCACAACGAUAUCGUUGGCAUUGUUCAACGUUUCUCUGUGAUUAUGGCUGCGCCAACUUUUGCACAAUUUCUAUCCGCCAGCUUGGUAAUAGCUACGAGUGUUAUCGAUAUACUAUUGUUCUCGGGUUUGAACAUCAUACGCUAUGUGGUUUAUGCUAGCACAGUUAGCGCCUGUCUAUUACUCUACUGCUAUGGAGGCACCGAGAUGUCUCUGGCUAGUAUGGACCUGGGUGAAGCUGCCUACAAUAGCCACUGGUAUAUGUGGAAUCGUGAGGUGCGGCAGCGUAUCUUUCUGCUCAUCAUGCGUGCCCAGCGACCCAUCACAGUCCGGGUGCCCUUCUUUGUACCAUCUCUGCCCGUCUUUACAUCGGUCAUCAAGUUUACGGGCUCCAUUGUGGCGCUGGCCAAGACAAUACUUUAAUGGACACAAAGCAAUUGAAAUUUUUCGUGUUACAAAGGAAAAACUGCCAAAGGGGUGUAGUUAAACAUAUAUAUUGAUAUCUAUGUAU